AUACUUACACAGCCACAACAUCACUAUGUAGAUCCUAAACCUUGUACAGUUCGUUCUAACCUCGACACCUGGCCGAACCCCUAAUACAACCCUUUUCAUAUCUUCUUUCUGUACGUAUCAGUCAAACCUUUUCUGCAGGGAGAAAAUGCAUCAUCUGCCGCCAAGCAACGCCAGCACCUCUUUGGCCGUUUCCACGGAGUCCACGUCUACCGCGAAAGAGAAGGGCGACACUUCUUCGAUAAUUCUGCUGCCGCAUUCUAGAUUCAGUGCCAUUGGAGGUACGACGAAAGGCACAGAGCGGCAUAGUUUGUUCGGAGGCACUUUCGCCACAUCCUUCGGGAAGUCCAGGCAGCCUCCGCCAAGGAUCAGCUCGUCAUUGAUUAACAACGAAAGUCCAAUGGAUAAAUGUUCGAGUCUCAAUCUUUCCCAGUUGUACAGCGGUAGUAAAUCCUCGAGCCGCCCAUUAACAUUAGACAGAUCGCUUUCCAGCACUCUUUGCAAUCCCUCGCGCAGCGAUUCUCUUGAUGAGAAGAGGAAGUCAAGGGAGAAGGGGAAGACGUUCGAGAAGCUGAAAGGCAAGGAUGCGGAUAGUCAAACACUGAAAGAGAAGUCCCCGACGAGCCAGUCUCGAGGUCCUAUCACGUUCAAGCCAGGAAAGAAUAUCAUUGACCGGAUCGGCACCCCUGAUCACCGAGGAUGGAUGCGCAAGAAAGGCGACCAUGAAAAUGCCUGGAAGGUGCGGUACUUCGUUAUCAAGGGCCCACAUUUGUACAUCCUGCGGAGUGACAACAAGACGGAAGUGAAAAUCAAGAGUUACAUCAAUAUUGUCGGAUACAAGGUUAUUGUGGAGAGCGUCGAUCCAGGACGUUAUGGCUUCAGGAUACAAAUCGUGGUACGCGAGUGGAUGAAAGUGGUCAUGAAGGUCACCAUUGGCAGAGACUAUUCGACCUGUUAUUUUGUCAACAUCCCCACUAUCCCUUUAACAGCCGCCUAUGCAAUGAACCCUCCCCGACCGUCGUCUCCUACCGCUCGCGAUGCAGCGCGAAAGGCUUUGCGUCGCGAGAAUCCAAAUCAACUAUCUUCUCGUGAUGCUCACGUUCUGAUGGGUUUACCAUCGCUGAAUGCCAGCGACGCACAGGAUAGCGAACGGGCCCGCCUUGAUUCGUUCUUUACUCAGCAGCCCAUUUCAAGCCAGCCUGAGGGACGAAGAGGUAUGCCCUUCGCGAACUAUCGCAGUUUUUCUACUGCCUUCUCUGCGCUGAAUCCUUCUAACGUGGGUCUGAUUGAAUGGGCUAAUUCACACUUACCAGCUGCGUUACAAAAUUAUGAUCUCACUGGCCAUCUUUUCACCGGUCUUGCUCUUCUUCGUCUCUCGGAAUCAGUUUUAAGGAAAUCACCCUCACCCCCCGUGCCGGACUCGGCAUUCCCAUCUGGCCCCGACGACGACAAGGACUAUUUCGCCUGGACACGCGAUACAAUAUUACAGCUUCUCAAAGUACUCAGGGCAUGGGAAGACAAGAAGAUGGUCAUAUUGAGAUCUGUUGGCGCGGGGAGAAUUUAG